UGAAGAGUCAUUUCUGUACAAUUAUUCCAAUCAUUAGGUUGUGUCGUUUUAAAAACUUCUUUACCCAAAUGUUUGUUAACAUACUGUACUGUAAUUUUGGAAGAAACUAUGGCCAAUAUUUACUAUUUCAGUUGUUUGUUAUAGCAACAGUUUCAGAUUUGGUGAAGUCUUCAAGUUGUAAAGAGGAUAUCACAUACAUAAGAGAUGACGCCUUUUUUAAUUCACGUUUAACGGAGGGCAAAAUUCGUACCCACAUUGGUGUAGAAAAUCAAGCCAAGUGCGCUGUGAAAUGUAAUAGAGAUUCUAACUGUAUAUCGUUCUUUUACAAGAAGAAUUCUGGCACCUGCCAGAUUAAUUCUGUGAUUUACCUUUCAACUUCUGGAUCAGUUGCCGAUGAAGGAUUUGUAUACUUCAGGGAAAACAUGGAGUGUCCUGUCCCGCCGUCAAUACCGAACUCUCGACCUCAGUUUGACGUUAACUCUGCUCCUAACACCAUAGGGACGGUGCUGGAGUAUACGUGCAGUGUUGGGUAUACGCCAGAGAGGAGUGUCAACUGUCAAGUAGACGGCACAUGGACUCGGAUGGCCUGCACUGAAGACUGCCCCAGUCCUCCUGACAUACCAAAUGGUAAUCAACUAUUUGUCGCAUCAACUGCUUCUAGAUCUCAGGGGACGUCCUUGCAGUAUACCUGUAAGACAGGGUUUGUACCUGACAAUGAUCUUACAACUAUAACCUGCCAAGUCAGCGCCACCUGGACAAACAUAGUUUGUAAACGACCAGAUUGCCCCAUUCCUCCUGUCAUAGCAAACAGCAAUGAACAGUUUGUGCGAUCAACAGUUUCCACAGUGUAUGGAGCUACUUUACAGUAUGAAUGUAAAUCAGGGUUUGUCGCUGAAAAUGGUGUCACAGCCGUCACUUGUGGUGUAGACGCCACAUGGACAAGCAUAAUUUGUAAACGACCAGACUGUCCCAGUCCUCCCAACAUAGCAAACAGCAAUGAACAAUUUGUCCGAUCAGCAGUUUCCACAGUGUACGGAACUACCUUGAAGUACCAAUGUAAAUCAGGGUUUGUCGCUGAAAAUGGUGUCACAACCAUCACCUGUGGUGUAGGUGCUACAUGGACAAGCCUAGUUUGUAAACGACCAGACUGCCCCAGUCCUCCUGUCAUAGCAAACAGCAAUGAACAAUUUGUCCGAUCAACAGCUUCUACAGUAUACGGAGCUACCUUGCAGUAUCAGUGUAAAUCAGGGUUUGUCGCUGAAAAUGGUAUCACAACCGUCACCUGUCGUCUAGGCGCCUCGUGGACAAGCAUAGUUUGUAAACGACCAGACUGUCCCAGUCCUCCCAACAUAGCAAACAGCAAUGAACAAUUUGUCCGAUCAGCAGUUUCCACAGUGUACGGAACUACCUUGCAGUACCAAUGUAAAUCAGGGUUUGUCGCUGAAAAUGGUAUCACAACCGUCACCUGUGGUCUAGGCGCCUCGUGGACAAGCAUAGUUUGUAAACUAAUCCGAUCAUGUUCUGAAGUGAAGGCGUGUAACAGUCAGUACGGAGAUGGUGAAUACUGGAUUUACCCGGCUCCUUAUGGAACUACAAAAGCUAAGAUCUACUGUCGUAAUAUGAACAGCGGCGCCAUCGAAUAUGUGACCUUGAAUACUGUAAAUGUAGCGUACAAGCCACCCAAUCCAACCGGACUUGUGGAGGAGAGGUAUCCCCAGGCGAAUCAAAAGGUGGUGGGGAGACUCGCUACAAUAAAAUUCGAGUCAACAUUCAGACAAUGGAAGUCGACCGAACAGACAGAACAUUUGCAGUUACAGUUUUCGGCAUACCAAGCGAUUACGGUCAUGCAGAAGAUUGUUACUCAUUACAUGAAAAUAACAUCAGAGCGGCAUGUGGACCAAAAGGAACAUUUAAUAUUGACACGACUGGAACUGGGCUAAUUGUCGAUCCAACGCUGCCGUUUCCUGUGGUUGGUUGGAGAGCCUGGGGUCAGACGGUCCGUAACGCGGAUGGUACAAAAAUUGACUUACUGUGUGGAGGAUUUUGCGGCAGAUGUUUGCCUAUUAAAGAGAUGUUGUUAAUUAUCGGAUCGACUGCACCACCCAGUGCCAGUGCCGUCAUACCGACUUGUUCUUAGACUCAUGGGGAUUCAGAGCUGUUUUCUGAUGCAACUUCAACUUCGAACAGCCCAUCAACUCGCCAUGAGUCCCGCUGCGCAACCUUAACCUAGGACAGCAACCUCCUUUUUUUGGCUUAGUUGGACUUAAAACGUUUUGGCCGCAGUUCAAAAUGUUUGUUUAUUUUUUUUGUAAAGUCCAACGCUGUUUUUUUUUUGGCAGCCCGUCUAAAUUGCUCAAAUCACCUUAAAACCUUUUCGGUCGAGCACUCUAAUUUUAUUGUUUGGACUUAAAUGUUUGUAGCUCAUUUUGGUUUUCGGUCUUUGAACUAAUUACUAAAUUCGUAUUCCAAAUUCCGCCCACCUCCAACUUACCCUCCCCCCUGGCCCGGACCAUAUACAUCAGACUUUAAAGUGACAUACCCUAGUUUCAACCCGUGAAAAUUAACACUAAGUUUAGUUAAUCUACAAACCUGUAACACAUUUGGAUAAAGUUACAACUGAGUGAAACAUGAGUCUGUGACUUUGAAAUGG